AGCAGUUUCGUGAGCUUCGAAAUUGCUAUCAGUUUUGAUUGAUAUCUUCGGUUGUGAAUUAAACGCAAAUCGUUAUUAGAAAUUUUGUGACAGAAAAUUUUAAAAGUUUGUUUUAUUGGCUCGACUAAAUAAACUCCGAAUUGGAAAACUAGAAAAACUAUAUAAAUUCAAGGAUACAAACCUCUACUCAAAAAUUAGAAUUUGAAAAUAAAAAAUAACUUCAAUAAUUCAUAAUUCAUUCCCGCGGUAAGUAAGUCAAUGCGAUUGGAGUCAGAGACUGUGCACUAGAAGAGUAUCAAUCCGAGGCACAUCGAAACCGGGCAACGCGAUGUCUAACGGCGUAUUGCCGAAAACCCAGGCAUCCAAAUCUUCGCUCAAAAGCAACGAAUUAAGCGAGGAUGCGAAGGUACAAAUUUCCAACAGUGAUUUUUCUUUCGAGCUUAAACCGAAACCGAAGCUGACGUGUAUACCUGAGAACUGUAGUAAAUUCCUAAGCGAUUUGCGUGAACCACUUUGCAGAAAAACUCAAUCGUUGAACGUCUCGAAGAAAGCUGAGGUACCAGAGAAGUCGUGGUCAGUUUUAUUCAUCGGCUCGAAAAGUAAUCUGCAUGCCAAAAAUCUAAUUAUGUAAAUUCCAACGUCGGCCAAUGGGAAUGUGUUAUGAAAAUCAAUACUUCCGCGAGCUCAUUUUUUAGACGGCGUCGUAGCGGCCUUUGUUCACUGGAUAUUAAAAAAUUUGCUUUUCAACAAAAUUCCCCCUUUGUCCUAAUGAAACUUAAUAAAUAAAACUUAUUUAGCAGAAUUUAGA